GUUGCCAGCCCCAACUUCAGAGACGAGGAGACAUGCAGUUGAUCCUCCAUUCAUCUGCUUUCCUCCGCUUUGUUUGCCUGAAGCCUCCACCCAAACGCGGAUGAAGCGUCGCUGCGUUCCGUCUCCGUCUCUCGGGGCUCUUUUCGUGGAAUCAUUUCGCUGCUCUUUUCUGUGGACCGUCAUCACCUCCCGGGCUCAUCCGGCAGCUAAGACCUUAACACUUUAAGUCCUCCCGCAGCUAGAGGUUACAUAAGAAGGUGCACUUUUCAUUCUUUUAUUCUGCCUUAGAGAGACGUCCUAGAGUCCGGGUUCAUGCCAGAUCUGCAGCGAUUUAGUUUUCCAUACCAUAGCAUGAAUCCAUUGUUGGGGGCCAGCACGCAUCUCCAACAACACCCGCAGCCCAGCCAAGCACCAGGACACCCCCUCGAGUCCCCGCCUGGCCUCUUCUCGGACGCCGUUUUCGGUGCUUCGGAUCCGGCGUCUUUCCUGCUGGCUAACCUCCCGGGGCCAGGAGGGCCUGAGCACCCAGGGCCUGAGUUCCCCUCGCAGACCUCCCCUUACCUCCACCACUAUCCCCACCAUCAUCAAUACCACCACACGGUGCACCAUCCUCCUGCAGCCAUGGCUCUCAGAAACGACCUGGGCUCCAACAUCAGCGUCCUCAAGACCCUGAACCUGAGAUUUAGGUGCUUUUUGGCUAAAGUGCAUGAGCUGGAGCGCAGGAAUAAGCUUUUGGAGAAGCAGCUGCAGCAGGCGCUGGAGGCCAACAAAGGAUGCGGCGAAGGCAGGCCUCACACCCAAGAUGCUGGCGUGCAGACCGGUUUUGUCGGGGCCAUCCCGCUCCGACCCGGAUCCCUGCCUUUCCACAACACCAACAACUCAGCCAGGAGGCCCACCUCUUUAUUCCCAUCCUCCCUCCAAGCUCCGGACAACUCCACCCAAACAAACACCUCUAGUAACCCGACCAUCACCAUCAGCCAGGACCCAACCUCCCCUGGAUCCAGAACCUCCGGACCAGGCCGCUCCACCACUGCCGCGCCACGCUUCCUCCCAGGCACCAUCUGGUCCUGCAACCCCACCCGCAGGUACGGAGCGGAGCGCCCCACCAGCCCAGGGGUGUCUUGGGUCCACCCGGACGGAGUCGGGGUCCAGAUUGACACCAUCACCCCCGAGAUCAGAGCGCUCUACAACGUCCUAGCCAAAGUGAAGCGAGAGCGUGACGAGUACAAACGCAGAUGGGAAGAAGAAUACACAAUGAGAUCGGACCUGCAGCAGAAGAUUGCCGACUUGCAGGAGGACCUGCAGGAGAGUGAAGGUUGUCAGGACGAGCUGGCCGUCAGAGUUCAGCAGCUGAAGGCCGAGCUGGUUCUGUUCAAGGGCCUCAUGAGCAAUAACCUCUCAGACCUGGACACCAAGAUCCAGGAGAAAGCCAUGAAAGUGGACAUGGACAUCUGCCGCAGGAUCGACAUCACAGCUCGCCUCUGUGACGUUGCCCAGCAGAGGAACUGUGAAGACGUCAUCCAGAUGUACCAGGUCCCAAGCAAUCAGUCGUCGUUGAGCCUGCGCCGCAAACAAACGCCUCAGUCGGUGAACGGCAGCGAAGGAGACGAAACGACGGUCAGCACCUCGGAGAGCGACGCAGGCGUGACCAAGGAGGAGGACCAUCAGCAGCAGCAGCACGGCGGCUCGGCAGCCAAUCAGAUCAAUGAGGAGAUGCAAAGGAUGCUGAACCAGCUACGCGAGUGUGAGUUUGAGGACGACUGUGACAGUCUGGCCUGGGAGGAAACGGAGGAGACAUUGCUUCUGUGGGAGGAUUUCCCAGGAUGCACUCUGCCUCCAGAUCCCGCCCACCCACCUGGAGAGGAAGACUGUCUGGAAAAAGUGAUAAAUGACACAGAAUGUUUGUUCAAGUCCAGAGAGAAGGAAUACCAAGAGACCAUUGACCAGAUUGAGCUGGAGUUGGCCACAGCAAAGAGCGACAUGAAUCGCCACCUGCACGAGUACAUGGAGAUGUGCUCCAUGAAGAGAGGCCUGGACGUCCAGAUGGAGACCUGCAGGAGACUCAUCACGCAAAGCGGAGACAGUAACACCACGGCUGCGCAGACAUCCUCCGACGACAGCGAUCAAAGAGAGAGCGACAGAAGCUCGGCGUCGCCUCCGUCUUCCGCCAGUGCCGGGAGGUCCUGACAUAUCGUUGCCGGGGUCACGUGAUCCCCAAACAGUACACAACGCUACCCUGUAACGACAUCAUUCACAUCCCUUGUAGUCAGUAUGCAUUCUCUCCAUCAUCAUCUAGUCUGAGCUUGGCUUUCUUACAUCAACAUUUAGUAGGAUUUGGUACAAAAAGUUAAGUAGUAAAAAAACGCUUAAAAAUUAUGAACAAGAUCUUGGCUUAUUUAUAUAGACUAGUGCCUAUAUAACUCAACCAUUUAUAUAUACACAUCAAUAGGCUAAAUGAACCUCUUAAACAUAAGAUCUUGGCUUUUUUAUGUAGUUUUUUUGGGGCAAAAUGUUUCUGAAUAUGCCAUAUUUAGGAUGCAAAAUAGUAUUGCUAUGGAUUAAAUUUAACUUUUUCUGGGGGAGUAAAAUAUCAUUUUUUGGGGGGAAGCGGCAAAUAUUUGCUAUUACAAACAAAAAUGUUUGUGAAUGUUAGGAAAAUGCAGGGUUGUCAGCGUGGAGUGUUAGUUUGGGGCCUAAAUAUUGGCGUAAAAAAAGCAAAAAUAUACCGUAUUUUUCUGGCUAUAACAUACUUGCCAACCUUGAGACCUCUGA